CACACACACACAAACGUGCACACACUGAACCGAGCUAGAAAAACAAUGUCCAAGAUAAAUACGGAGCACUGUUAUGAAGAAUCUACGGACCCAUAAUUUGCUGCCAAUUUUGGCUCUGGCAAGUUUCUUCAGCAAGAUAAGUGGAUCGAUCUCUCUUCGCCCAGUGCUUACUGGUCCUGACAUGGCCUACCUUGGCUCGAGGGUGGCUUUUCGGUGUAAUGCAACUCACUCCUCUCUGCCAGUCACUUACGAGCUGCUGCUGGAGCUGGACGAUGGUGAUGUUGUGAUUGACACAGCCGCUGAUCUCCAAGAAGACCAACGUGCUUCGUUCUUCCUGAAAGUUGCUGCAACAUCAGAGGGGUCGUACCACUGUAAAGCCACGGCAGGAGAAAGCACAGGAGUCAGCAACAGCAUCAAGCUGAGUGUAGUCACUCCAGCAUCGAACACCAGAGUGACUUCUGAACCCUUCCCCCCCGUGGUAUAUGAGGGGUCACACAUCGUACUGAGCUGCAGUGUCUCAAAGGGGUCCCACCUUUCCUACACCUGGUUUUUCAACAGGAGGGAAGUGACGUCUUCAACCUCUCCCCUUCUUCACCUCACUGGUAACAAGCUAGUGAUGGAGAAUGUGACUCCAGAACAUGCGGGAUGGUAUUAUUGCAUGGCUUGGUCCACGGUGCAGGACAUCAGGAGGUUUUCCAGCAGCUUCGAGUUCCAGGUGACAGUCAAAGUCUACGUUUCCAAGCCAAGAAUCUCUUUCUCAAUCUUGAAAGAGGGAGCCAGUCACAGUGCAAAUGUGACCUGCUGGUCAACAAGAGGAAGUCUUCCAGUCAACAUCUCUCUUUUAAUAGAUGACGAAGAGGUGGGAUCUGUCACAGCUACUGAAUCCCUCGCUGCCUGGUUCCCUGUCACCAUGGUGCCCGGGCAGGACAUGGGCAUGGCUCAAUGUCGGGUGAAUACUGAAGUGCAGAAGUUGAUGAGUGAUCCUGUGACUCUGGAAGUGGUCCCAGUCGGAGGUGAUGCCAAAGUGGAGGUUGAAUAUCUCUACAGCGCUGACUCCAAACUGGCUGCUGCCAGGUUGAGCUGUCAAGUCAGCAGAGGAACCUUCCCUUACGUCUCCUGGCUCUUGAAUGACUCUGUCCUUCCCCCUGAGACAUAUAUGGACUCCUAUAUUCAGUCUGUCUUGUCUCACUAUGCUCUAUCUACACAUAGACAAACCCUUGUUCUAGCCACGCUUGGUCCAGAGGAGUCUGGGCAUUACCGCUGCAGGGCCAGGGACAGCUAUGAUGACUCCGGGCCCUGGGUGGAGAGUGCAGCUGUGCGGGUCCAAGCGACAGACAGGAUCCUUUGCUCCAUGCCUCGAGCAACAUCUGCCACUGAAACACUACCAAAGGUUUCCAUGAACACCACAGAGGUUUCCAUGAACACCACAGAGGUCAUUACCAUAGUGUUCUGCUGCUUCCUUCUUCUGAUGUUGGCAGUGGGUGUAGGCUGCGUGUACAAGAUGUUUGAACACAAGCAAGCUCAUGCCCACAUUGUCACAACAAAUUCUGGCGCACUUCCUCAGUCUGCACCCAGGUCCCAGUCAGGAAGCAAAGAGGAAGAUACUUCGUCUAUAGACUUCGAUGUUCAGAAUGAGGAAAUUCCUCUGGAAAUUAAAAAAAAAACUGCUAAUAAGCUCAACACAGAUCGUAGAGAUCACAGUGUGACACAGGAAGAACCUGCAUCUCCUGUCAAAUCGAUCAUCUCUUCAUGAAAGUUGUUCAUUAUUUUAUUUUUAAUCUGCAGUCAUAUUUUAUUGUUCUGCAGGUAUGGAAAUUAGGAAUUUUCCUGAGCUGCCAAAUUGCUUUUAAGAAACUGGUGGAACAUUCAAUUAAAAAUAGUAACAGAUUUUAUUUCAAGCAAAAUUACUGUAUAUUGUCAUGUGUUUGCAAAUAAAA